AUGUCAAGCUUUACGAACCCCGUGUUGUGGGAGGACCUCCCGGAUCCCGAAGUGCUCCGAGUCGGUAAGGUUUACUUCAUGAGCGCCUCCUCGUUCCAUUUUUCGCCAGGCGCACCGAUCCUGCAAUCCUCCGAUCUGAUCAACUGGGAGUAUACUGGCCACUCAGUCCCCGAGCUGCCGCCGAGUAGUCGAUUCGCUCUCGAUGGCAGAGGACCCAACGCGUACGGAAAGGGCGUAUGGGCCUCGACGUUGAAAUACCGCGAGAGCAACAGCCUCUUCUACUUCUACAGCGCCAUCCAAGGAACCGACAAGACAUACAUCUAUACCGCCAAGUCUCCCAGCGAUGCCUGGACAGCUCACCCCCCGAUUGAGAGGUUCUACUACGACCUUGGCUUGCUGAUUGAUGACAAUGAUACUAUGUAUAUUGCCUACGGAACAAAGACGAUUGAGGUCGCUCAGCUUUCCCCAGAUGGGCUGAGUGAGGCAAGUAGCAAGGUCGUCUACACGUCGGACGACUACCUUGAAGGCGCCCGGAUGUACAAGAUCCACGGCGCAUAUUACAUCUGGGUCACGAAAUGCGGCGAUACGCAGUGUCUGCUCAAGUCCACGGCCGGACCGUUCGGGCCUUUUGAAGCGCGGGAUAUCAUCACAGCCAUGCGCUCUCCACUGCCGGGCUCCGGCCCUCCUCAUCAAGGAGGUCUCGUCGAUACUCCGGACGGGCAGUGGUACUACAUGUCAUUCACCGAUGCCUACCCCACGGGGCGGAUACCCUUGUUAGCGCCGGUAGAAUUCGAUAGCGAAGGAUGGCCCCGUGUUGCGGCGGAUUACACGGACGCAAAAGGGCAGUGGCUUCUUGAGUAUUCCCGUCCGAAUGCGUCUCUGCGCGAUUCCGCCGAAGCAAAGCCGCGCUUCCGACGGUACGCCUUCACCCAAUCCAGCCUGGAGCACUGCUGGGAGUGGAACCACAAUCCCGAUAACUCCAGGUGGAGGCUUCAAGCUGGCCAGCUGGUCCUGGGCACAGCGACGGUGACGCAAAGUCUCCAUCUCGCUGCAAACACGCUCACCCUCCGCACCGUCGGACCCGGGAGCAUCGCCACGUUCUGCAUGGACACUUCAAAACUCACAGACGGCGACAGAGCGGGUGUGUCCAUGUUCCGCGAUGAGAGCGCCUACAUCGGUAUCCACAAGGAUGCAGGUAGCCCCAUGCUCGUCUACGUAGAUGGGGCAAAGGUCGGCCCCAUCAAUGUACCCGUGGGAUGGCUGAACGGGCGUCCUGUAGCUCUUGAUUGGAAAUGCAUAUCGAGUGGCGCAGUGAAAGCGCAGAUGCCGUUGCGUGUGAACCAAGUGUGGCUGCGCAUCAAGGUAGACUUGAGAGCAGCGCACGUCGAUGAAUACGCAACGCAGACGAGGAAUGCCACGUUUGAGUUCAGUUAUGAUGGCGCGGCAUUUAGCCAGCUAGGCCCGGCAUAUCAAUUGACCAAGUCUACCGCGGGCUACGUGGGCUAUCGCUUUGGGCUGUUUAACUUUGCGACACGGGAACUGGGAGGGGAACUAAGAGUCAGUCACUGCGAUAUUGAGAUAUGGGAUCCUAGUAGUGGGUAG